UUUCGGUCUCCUCUUUCUCUCUCAUGGCUGAAGAAUUCCAAGAAGCCGACGUCAUAUUUUCCGAUCGUUACUGUAUGAAUCCUCACCGUACCGCCAGUUCCGACGGUGAGGAUGACGAUCGAAUUGGCAUUUCGCAGACGGAGCUGGAUUCACGGCGGAGUAAGUUGAAGAGAAGCAAGAAGAAGAAGAAGGAAAAGAAGAAGGAGAUGGCGAAUUCGAUGCCGGUGAAUAUACCAGAGAGGAUUUUCCGGCGAACGGAUUCCGAUGACCAGCUGGAGGAGGAAUGGAAGGACGAAGGAAUGGUGCCGCCGUACGUAAUCGUGAAUCGGAGAAUCGCCAGGAAAAUGGCGUUCUCGGUGUGUACGGGGAACGGAAGGACCUUGAAGGGACGGGAUUUGAGUCAAGUUCGGAAUUCAAUUCUGAGAAUGACUGGAUUUUUGGAGGCGUAACUGUUUCAUUUUGCUUCCAAAAUAGUGUUUGGUGACAGGGAAAAUCAAGGAAAAUGAGAUAGAAAAAUUGCUUCAAGAAGCAUAUAAUUACUAAUUAAGAGUUAUUCAAUGACCUAUUUUUCUAAAUUACCGAGAAUGUUUAGAAGUUUUACAGAUUGUAACAAGAGAAGAAAAGUUACAGAUACAUUGACUAGAGACUAGAGAAGAAUUGAACUAAUUA